UAUUUUAGAAGCCAGGUUUUUAUACUACUUUUAUGCUAUACUGAAAUAUGGCCAUUUGUUGUGCAUUGUCAAGGUCUACCAGGUCCAGAAGGUCCCCGGGGUCUCCCUGGAAAUGGAGGUAUUAAAGGAGAGAGAGGAAACCCAGGCCAACCUGGGCAACCUGGUUUGCCUGGUUUGAAAGGAGAUCAAGGACCACCAGGACUCCAGGGUAAUCCUGGCCGACCAGGUCUCAAUGGAAUGAAAGGAGAUCCUGGUCUCCCUGGUGUUCCAGGAUUUCCAGGCAUGAAGGGACCCAGUGGAGUACCUGGUUCAGCUGGCCCUGAGGGGGAUCCAGGACUUGUUGGUCCCCCAGGUCCCCCUGGAUUACCUGGUCCUUCAGGACAGAGUAUUAUAAUCAAAGGAGAUGUUGGUCCACCAGGGAUCCCAGGCCAGCCUGGAUUAAAAGGUCUGCCAGGACUACCAGGACCUCAAGGCUUACCAGGUCCAAUUGGCCCUCCAGGAGAUCCGGGACGCAAUGGACUCCCUGGCUUUGAUGGUGCAGGAGGGCGCAAAGGAGACCCAGGUCUGCCAGGCCAGCCAGGUACUCGUGGUUUGGAUGGUCCCCCUGGACCAGAUGGAAUGCAAGGUCCCCCAGGUCCUCCAGGAACUUCCUCUAUCGCCCAUGGAUUCCUCAUCACACGUCACAGCCAGACAACAGAUGCACCACAAUGCCCACAUGGAACUGUCCAGAUUUAUGAAGGCUUUUCUCUCCUGUAUGUUCAAGGAAAUAAAAGAGCUCAUGGUCAAGACUUGGGGACGGCUGGCAGCUGCCUUCGUCGCUUCAGUACCAUGCCUUUCAUGUUCUGCAACAUCAAUAAUGUUUGCAACUUUGCUUCAAGAAAUGACUAUUCUUACUGGCUGUCCACCCCAGAGCCCAUGCCAAUGAGCAUGGAGCCCCUGAAGGGCCGGAGCAUCCAGCCAUUUAUUAGUCGGUGAGACAUUGGUGUAGCUUUGACUUUUACCAAUCCCCAGUUAGUUUAGCUAGUCAGAAAUGAGUCUAAAGCUAAUAAUUUGAUCAUAUUCUUCCCAGGUUGUGUAGGACAGAGGUGCCUUCAUAAUAUUCAGUUAGGUAUUUAGUUUAAGCUGUAUUAAGUGGGGAUUUGCUUUUGACCAGACCCUAUGAUAGAAAUAGUGUAAUACACAAAGAAAUCAGACUAAUCAUUAGGCAAAUGUAUGUAAAAUAAUAUAUAUAUCAGUCUUGGCUAAGUGUUACAAUAGAUCUAAUAAAAUGUUAUGAAAGCAUAAGGAAAAGAAUGUUUAAUUUUAAUGGGAUAAAUUUGGGAUGACUAUAUGGAAGAAAUGUAUUUUGACCUGAUUAGUACUUAAAGGAUGGGAAGGACUUGAGAUACAGGUAGUUAUAAGGGGGAAGGGCAUACUAGGCAGAGAACAUGGGAAUAGGUAGUAGAUUGAUGUGUCUAGAAUAUCGCUUGUAAAGGUUGCAUAGAGAGAAGAGAUUGGAAAGUUAACUUGGACCCAGGUUGUAGAAGGUUUUCAGCAUCAGGUUUUAUUUUGGAAUUAAUCUGGUAUAUAAUGGGGAGCUUCCAAAAGUGUUUGAGCUACACUUCAGGGAAAAUUACAGAGCCAUCAACAUGUAACAUAGAUUACAGAGGAGAUAGUCCUAAAAUAGAGAGAUCAGUUAGAUUGAAGGUAUUGCUGUAGUCCCGGUAGGAAUGGAUUGGAACUGUCAGUGGGGGACAUGUAUCACUUUAAUACAAUAGAUAGGAUUUGGCAGUUGAUUAGUUAUGAGACAGAGAAAAUGAUAGCUGAGGUUUGGAGCAUGAGUAACUAACAGGAGAGAGGUACCAUUAGUAGAGACUUCCUAGAGUUUUGCCACAUUAGAACUCUAGUUUAACUCAAUCUCCUAGGCAUAUGAGAUACUGCCAUUUUCAUUCUGAUCGUGGCCCAAUUGAUUUAGGAGUCCACUAACCAUAAAGGAGAGUCAUUGCAGAGUCUAGUUUCUUUGACAUUGAAUAUAAAGGUUAAACCUAGCUCAGCUUCUCUUAGUAGCAAAUUCAUGGUGCCCUUUUUAGUACAUAUGCCCAGAUUUGGGGGGAAUUUAUUUUUUGUGAUUUUUGUCAGUCCCAACUCUUGGGAGUAAAAGGUCCUUUAAAGGUAUUUCCUGUUUUGUAGAUAAACUUCACCAAAUUGGUUCAGUCAUAUGUCAGAAGGUCCCUUCAUGAUAUUUAUUAAAGAUUUGGUAGACUCAGCUAUAUUUACUGUGUUGCAGCUUUACUUGAUUUUAUAGAUUUAAGCCACAUCUCCACAUGCCUGGGUAGCUGCCCAGCAUUCUGGAAAUGCUGUAUUUCUCUAGAUGUGGCCAAAUGGUUAAUAAAUAUCCUUUGGACCAAAAAUAAUGGGUGGGGAUUGAGAAAGUGUCUGUUUCUUGUCUUUUCCAGUUCACCAGACAUUGUUGUCACUACAGUUUCAGCAUUACUAAAUAAAUGUCUACCAUCCAGUUGGGCACUUUGACAGCAAGUAGUAUGUGCAAUACAUGAAGCCAAGCUCUUAUAGCAAUUAUGGCAUUGACUAUAUAGCAAGUAUGAAUACAAAUUUAAGGCAGAAUGGAAAAUGAAAAUGCUAUGGCCUUUGUUGUGUAGUUUCUUUAAAAAAAGGCUUACAGUUGUCAU